AUGGACGAAGAUCAAAUAGAAGGUUGUGUAAGUGGGUACCUCAAGCAGAAAGGGUUUCCGCAAAACGAUGACCAACUUCAAAUCUCCAACUCCGAUUCGUCUCUUCAACCUGAUACUCUCACUCGUGCUCAAUUAGAUAGAGGUUCUGCAAGAUACCAUGAUGGCUAUGGCAGACUAAGAUCAUGGGCAUACAGGUCACUUGAAUCAUACAAGCAUGAGUUAAUGCGUGUGCUUUAUCCAGUAUUUAUUCAUUGCUUCAUGGAUCUUGUGGCAAAAGGGCAUCUUCACGAAGUUAAUCUUUUGGACUUCUGGCAGUAUUCUUACGAGCUUCUAUGGCAACAUCUACACAGUAUGCAAUCCACCACUAUAAUUGGUAUUAUCAAUGAGCAUAUUAACUUCCAAGUUACAGCUGGACAACCAAGCUCAAUUUCUGAUGAUCCAGAAGCUGUUACCGUCAGUGGAAGCAUCCAAAAUGCAGCAAACCAGAUAAAUCAGAAAGAAAUACUUUGGGGGUGGGGAAUUGCUGAACCCAUCCAUACUCCUUUCUCGUCCUGUGACUUGUCUUGGACUGUAACAUCAUCAUUAACGAAUCUGAUAAAAUAUGUUGACUCUAAUGUGGAUUCAAUGUUUGAAGAUUCUAUAGAAGACCACAUAGACAAGGCUGGGGCCUUGCUUUCACGCACAGAAAAGGGUGAAGGGGAAGGCAAAGAGAUAGACAAUGAUGAGAGUAAGAAAAGGUCAAUUGAUGUUGGAAAGCAAGGUAAUUCAGUAAAAAAGGUAAAAAAGGACAAGGUCAGCAGUGCAACAGGGAAAAAUGCUAAACCAGAAGCUAACACUAUAUCUGCAGCACCUCGCAUUAAACCAGAGCUACCCCUGCCCACAGUUUCAACUGAUGUAGAACUGUCUAUUCUUGAAGAUUUAAGGAAUCGUGUACAAUUGAGUAGUGUUGCUCUCCCUUCAGUUAACUUCUACACAUUUGUAAAUACGCAUAAUGGUUUAAGCUGUUCGUCAAUAUCUCAUGAUGGAUCAUUGCUUGCUGGAGGAUUUUCUGACUCAUCACUAAAGGUCUGGGAUAUGGCGAAAAUUGAGCAACAAUCCACCACUUUUUUUUUGCAGGGAGGGAAUGACACAUCACAAAAUGAACAAAUUAUUGGGCAAAAUAGUGGGAGAAGACAGUACACAUUGUUUCAAGGUCAUUCAGGUCCAGUCUAUGCAGCCACUUUUAGUCCUGCUGGGGAUUUUCUUCUUUCGUCUUCAGCAGACAAAACAAUUCGAUUAUGGAGUACAAAGCUUAAUGCCAAUCUUGUUUGUUACAAGGGUCACAAUUACCCUAUCUGGGAUGUUCAGUUUAGUCCUGCAGGGCAUUAUUUUGCCAGCUGUUCACAUGACCGAACUGCUAGGAUUUGGUCCAUGGACAAAACAAAACCUUUAAGAAUAAUGGCAGGACAUUUGUCAGAUGUUGAUUGGCCUGCCGAUGCUGAAUGGAGCCUCUGCAUCCCUUCCUCCUUGGAUUCUAGUAGGGCCCAUAUUAGUGGAAUUAGAAGAGCCAACGCUUGGCACUUGGGUGAGGUUGACAUUUUUGGGCUGAGAAGAGGCUGUAGGGCCGUUGCUAUGUUGUUGAAGAAGACCAAGAAGACUGUGAUAUUGGGCCUUAGUGAAACCUGUGUGCAGUGGCAUUCGAACUGCAACUACAUUGCUACUGGCUCCAGUGACAAAACAGUUCGACUGUGGGACGUGCAAAGCGGGGAAUGUGUUCGUGUUUUCAUUGGUCAUAGGAGUAUGAUUUUGUCUUUGGCAAUGUCCCCUGAUGGUCGCCAUAUGGCAUCUGGUGAUGAAGAUGGCACAAUCAUGAUGUGGGACCUCUCUAGUGGCUGUUGUGUCACACCUCUAGUCGGUCACACCUCGUGUGUCUGGUCACUCGCUUUCAGUUGUGAAGGUUCUCUUCUUGCAUCUGGCUCUGCUGAUUGCACUGUCAAAUUUUGGGAUGUAGCUACAGGUAUAAAGGUUCCAAGGAAUGAAGAAAAAAGUGGGAAUACUAACAGACAGAGAUCGUUGAAAAGCCUGCCAACGAAAUCUGCUUCAGUUUACUCUCUCCAGUUUUCUCGCAGGAAUCUUCUUUUUGCGGCUGGAGCUCUUGCAAAAAGUGCCUGUUAG